GCUGACUUUGCCGUAGAAGCCUUGGCCAAGGCCACCUAUGAGCGCCUUUUCCGCUGGAUACUGACCCGUGUGAACAAAGCUCUGGACAAGACCCAUCGUCAAGGGGCUUCCUUCCUGGGGAUCCUGGAUAUUGCUGGAUUUGAGAUCUUUGAGGUGAACUCCUUCGAGCAGCUGUGUAUCAACUACACCAACGAGAAGCUGCAGCAGCUGUUCAACCACACCAUGUUCAUCCUGGAGCAGGAAGAGUACCAGCGCGAGGGCAUCGAGUGGAACUUCAUUGACUUCGGGCUGGACCUGCAGCCCUGCAUCGAGCUCAUCGAGAGGCCGAACAACCCUCCAGGUGUCUUGGCCCUGCUAGACGAGGAGUGUUGGUUCCCCAAAGCCACAGACAAGUCUUUCGUGGAGAAGCUGUGCUCAGAGCAGGGCAACCACCCCAAGUUCCAGAAGCCUAAACAACUCAAGGACAAAACUGAGUUCUCCAUCAUCCACUAUGCUGGGAAGGUGGACUAUAACGCAAGUGCCUGGUUGACGAAGAACAUGGACCCACUGAAUGACAAUGUGACUUCUCUCCUCAAUGCCUCCUCGGACAAGUUUGUGGCUGACCUGUGGAAAGAUGUGGACCGCAUCGUGGGGCUGGACCAGAUGGCCAAGAUGACGGAGAGCUCACUGCCCAGUGCCUCCAAGACCAAGAAGGGCAUGUUCCGCACGGUGGGCCAGCUAUACAAGGAGCAGCUGGGCAAACUCAUGACCACACUGCACAACACCACGCCCAACUUCGUGCGCUGCAUCAUCCCCAACCACGAGAAGAGGUCUGGCAAGCUGGAUGCAUUCCUGGUUCUAGAGCAGCUGCGAUGCAAUGGUGUGUUGGAAGGCAUCCGUAUCUGUCGCCAGGGUUUUCCCAACAGAAUUGUCUUCCAAGAGUUCCGCCAGCGCUAUGAGAUCCUGGCAGCAAACGCCAUUCCCAAAGGCUUCAUGGAUGGGAAGCAGGCCUGCAUUCUCAUGAUCAAAGCCCUGGAACUCGACCCCAACUUGUAUAGAAUUGGGCAGAGCAAAAUCUUCUUCCGCACUGGAGUUCUGGCCCACCUGGAGGAGGAACGAGACUUGAAGAUUACUGAUGUCAUUAUGGCCUUCCAGGCGAUGUGUCGUGGCUACCUGGCUAGAAAGGCCUUUGCCAAGCGGCAGCAGCAGCUGACGGCCAUGAAGGUGAUCCAGAGGAACUGUGCCGCCUACCUGAAGCUGCGCAACUGGCAGUGGUGGAGACUCUUCACCAAGGUAAAGCCACUGCUGCAGGUGACACGGCAGGAGGAGGAGAUGCAGGCCAAGGAGGACGAGCUGCAGAAGAUCAAGGAGCGGCAGCAGAAGGCAGAGAGUGAGCUCAAGGAGCUGGAGCAGAAGCACUCGCAGCUGGCCGAGGAGAAGAACCUGCUACAGGAGCAGCUGCAGGCAGAGACCGAGCUGUAUGCAGAGGCUGAGGAGAUGCGGGUCCGGCUGGCAGCCAAGAAGCAGGAGCUGGAGGAGAUCCUGCACGAGAUGGAGGCUCGCCUGGAGGAGGAGGAGGACCGCAGCCAGCAGCUGCAGGCAGAGAGGAAGAAGAUGGCCCAACAGAUGCUGGACCUGGAAGAGCAGCGAGAAGAGGAAGCUGCCCGGCAGAAGCUACAACUUGAGAAAGUCACAGCCGAGGCCAAGAUCAAGAAACUGGAGGACGACAUCCUAGUCAUGGAUGAUCAGAACAAUAAACUGUCCAAAGAACGAAAACUUCUUGAAGAGAGGGUCAGUGACUUGACGACGAAUCUAGCAGAAGAGGAGGAAAAAGCCAAGAACCUCACGAAACUGAAGAACAAACAUGAGUCCAUGAUUUCAGAACUCGAAGUGCGGCUGAAGAAGGAGGAGAAGAGCCGACAGGAGCUGGAGAAGCUGAAACGGAAGCUGGAUGGUGAAGCCAGUGACUUGCACGAGCAGAUCGCCGACCUCCAGGCACAGAUUGCAGAACUUAGGAUGCAGCUGGCCAAGAAAGAGGAGGAGCUGCAGGCGGCCCUGGCCAGGCUGGACGAUGAAAUCGCCCAGAAGAACAAUGCCCUGAAGAAGAUUCGAGAGCUGGAGGGUCACAUCUCAGACCUGCAGGAGGACCUGGACUCGGAGCGUGCAGCGAGGAACAAGGCGGAGAAGCAGAAAAGAGACCUGGGGGAGGAGCUGGAGGCGCUGAAGACCGAGCUGGAGGACACACUGGACAGUACAGCCACCCAGCAGGAGCUCAGGGCUAAGAGAGAGCAGGAGGUGACUGUCCUGAAGAAGGCUCUGGACGAGGAGACCCGGUCUCAUGAGGCCCAGGUGCAGGAGAUGAGGCAGAAGCACACGCAGGUGGUGGAGGAGCUCACGGACCAACUGGAGCAGUUCAAGAGGGCCAAGGCGAAUCUGGACAAGACCAAGCAGACACUGGAGAAGGAGAACGCAGACCUGGCCAGUGAGCUGCGUGUCCUGGGCCAGGCAAAGCAGGAGGUGGAACACAAGAGGAAGAAGCUGGAGGUGCAGCUGCAGGAGCUGCAGAACAAGUACAGCGAUGGGGAACGUGCCCGGGCUGAGCUCAAUGACAAAGUCCACAAGCUGCAGAAUGAAGUGGAGAGUGUCACAGGCAUGCUCAAUGAGGCGGAGGGCAAGGCCAUCAAACUGGCCAAGGAUGUGACAUCCCUCGGAUCCCAGCUCCAGGACACCCAGGAGCUGCUUCAAGAAGAAACCCGGCAGAAGCUUAACGUGUCAACCAAGCUGCGCCAGCUGGAGGACGAGAGGAACAGCCUGCAAGACCAGCUGGAUGAGGAGAUGGAGGCCAAGCAGAAUCUGGAGCGCCACAUCUCCACUCUCAACAUCCAGCUCUCUGACUCAAAGAAGAAGCUACAGGACUUUGCCAGCACGGUGGAAGCCAUGGAAGAGGGGAAGAAGAGGUUCCAGAAAGAGAUCGAGAGCCUCACCCAGCAGUAUGAAGAGAAAGCCGCUGCUUACGACAAACUGGAAAAGACCAAGACCAGGCUUCAGCAGGAGCUGGACGACCUGGUCGUUGAUUUGGACAACCAGCGGCAACUGGUGUCCAACCUGGAAAAGAAACAGAAGAAGUUUGAUCAGUUGCUAGCCGAGGAGAAGAACAUCUCUUCCAAAUACGCAGAUGAGAGGGACCGAGCUGAGGCUGAAGCCAGGGAAAAGGAAACCAAGGCCUUGUCCCUGGCCCGGGCCCUCGAGGAGGCCCUGGAAGCCAAGGAGGAACUGGAGAGGACCAACAAAAUGCUCAAAGCCGAGAUGGAAGACCUGGUCAGCUCCAAGGACGACGUGGGCAAGAAUGUGCACGAGCUGGAGAAAUCCAAGCGCGCCCUGGAGACGCAGAUGGAGGAGAUGAAGACGCAGCUGGAAGAGCUGGAGGACGAACUGCAGGCAACAGAAGAUGCCAAACUUCGGCUGGAGGUCAACAUGCAGGCCCUCAAGGGCCAGUUCGAGCGGGAUCUCCAGGCCCGGGAUGAGCAGAACGAGGAGAAGAGAAGGCAGCUGCAGCGACAGCUGCACGAGUACGAGACAGAACUGGAGGAUGAGCGAAAGCAGCGUGCCCUGGCAGUGGCAGCCAAGAAGAAGCUUGAGGGGGACCUGAAGGACCUGGAGCUUCAGGCCGACUCGGCCAUCAAGGGGAGGGAAGAGGCCAUCAAACAGCUGAGAAAACUGCAGGCUCAGAUGAAGGACUUCCAGAGAGAGCUGGAAGACGCUCGUGCCUCCAGAGAGGAGAUCUUUGCUACAGCCAAAGAGAAUGAGAAGAAAGCCAAGAGCCUGGAGGCAGACCUCAUGCAACUCCAGGAGGACCUCGCAGCAGCUGAGAGGGCUCGCAAGCAAGCUGACCUGGAGAAGGAGGAGCUGGCAGAGGAGCUGGCCAGCAGCCUGUCAGGAAGGAACGCACUGCAGGACGAGAAGCGCCGCCUGGAGGCUCGGAUCGCCCAGCUGGAGGAGGAGUUGGAGGAGGAGCAGGGCAACAUGGAGGCCAUGAGUGACCGAGUCCGCAAGGCCACCCAGCAGGCUGAGCAGCUCAGCAAUGAGCUGGCCACGGAGCGCAGCACAGCCCAGAAGAACGAGAGCGCAAGGCAGCAGCUGGAGCGCCAGAACAAGGAGCUCCGAAGCAAGCUGCAGGAGAUGGAGGGGACGGUCAAGUCCAAGUUCAAGUCCACUAUUGCAGCACUGGAGGCCAAGAUCGCACAGCUGGAAGAACAGGUCGACCAGGAGGCCAGAGAGAAACAGGCAGCCACCAAGACGCUGAAGCAGAAGGACAAGAAGCUGAAGGAGGUCCUGCUGCAGGUGGAGGAUGAGCGCAAGAUGGCAGAGCAGUACAAGGAGCAGGCAGAGAAAGGCAAUGCCAAGGUCAAGCAACUCAAGAGGCAGCUGGAGGAGGCAGAGGAAGAGUCCCAGCGCAUCAAUGCCAACCGUCGGAAGCUGCAGCGGGAGCUGGAUGAGGCCACCGAGAGCAAUGAGGCCAUGGGCCGCGAGGUGAACGCACUCAAGAGCAAGCUCAGAGGGCCCCCCACACAGGAAACUUCGCAGUGACCCACCAGGCGAGGAAACGAGACCUCAUUCGUUCCCUCCAGAAGGUCUGGAGGACGCAGAGUUAUUGAAAAUGCAGACGGUUCUGAAGAGGAAACGGACACUCGAGACUCAGACUUCAACGGAACCAAGUCCAGUGAAUAAACUCACUAGAGGUUUGCACCACAGCAGGGAAAAUGACCCAAACUACAAACCAAACCCAGAAGACUCUGUUUAGCAUUGUCUCAAUCCAUUGUCAAACUGCAGGCAUCAUCGGCACCCCUCACAAUGACUAUAAAAGCUCCACCCUGCAGUCAGGGUGUGAAUUUCACUUAGGAUGUACUUAUCAGAGGAGAAAACCCCACUGGGAGACACAGCAAAUCCUCAAGCUGUCAGACUGUGCACAAGUGGUGAGUUUUUAGGAAAACAGCUGCAAUAACCAGUCAUAGAUAACUUCGUUUACAUGAAACGGGGAGAAAGUUACCAAGUGGGUGCCUACGCCCCCCCAAACUCAUUCCCUUCCCUGAAGACCCCUCCAGUUCUCGAGGCAGACCCUUGUUAGAGAAUCCUCUUCCCUCCUUCUGGCUACCACACCUCAGACACACACAGUUCACAGAGACCAAGUGCCUUCUGUAGUCACAUGAAUAUCCCCCAGGGAUAUGAGCAGAGGUAUGACACUGUUUUAUAUGCACCCUGAUUGUACUUGCAGACACUUUCACUAAUAAAAGGUUAUAAAUCACCAGAACGUAGUCAGCAUUUCUGUCAAGCUGUUUUCUACAGAACCAAGGUGAAAUAAGUUGCCUAAGAUCCUGUGGCUGGCAAAAGAAGAGGUAGUGGGCUGGGAGGUGGGUGGGUAUAGAUGGGAGGUAGGGCACUUGCCUAGCAUGUGUGAGGCCUUGGGUUCAAGGCCCAGUACCACUCACACACAAAAAAAAGAAAAUUAAAAAUAGGGGCAGAGAUGCAAAGUGUGACUAUCUGAAGGGCUUCUCCAACCUACCAUGUGGCCAGUUAAGGGACUGAGAAGGAAGGUACUGUGUGGUGGGUGGGGCACUUGCUGUGAUCUUGAACGUGAUCUGGGAGACCAUUUUGUCGAUCAAAACCCCAAAAGUUCAAACACUCUAAAACCCAGCCUUUUUGAACACAAGUGGAAAAUCCACACCUGACCUCAAAUGAUAUAUCAUAGUCAAAACACAGGUGCAUUAAAAAUAUUGUAUAAAUGACCAUCGGGCUCUGUAUAUAAUAAAUUUUCUGAGUUUUGUGUUUAGACUUGCGCCCAUUCCCAAAGUAUCUCAUUCCAUAUAUGCAAAUAGUUCAACAUCCAAAAAAAACCCAAAUCUGAAGGACUUCUAGUGCUAAGAAUUGUGGAUACAGCAGCCUUAACUUGGGAGGCUGAGACAGAUCAUAAAUUCAAGGUCAUCUGGGCUACAUAGCAAGACCUAGUCUUA